AUGAUUCAGUAUUUCGCAUUGUCUUUCCUGUUGUGCUGCCUGAUUGCCGGAGCUGUGAGUGCCCCCCAGUUCCCAGGAUCAGGAUUUGGCUAUGGAUUUUCACCCUAUGGAGGAUACGGAGGAUAUGGAGGAAGUUAUGCCUCAGCUAGUGCGGCAGCGAGCAGUAGUUCCGGAGGAUACCAAGGAUUUAGAUAUCCAGGAUACGGUGGCUAUGGAGGAUUCGGCGGAGGAUAUGGCGGAGGCUACAAUCAGCAGUACAAUCAGUUCAGCAACUACAAUAACUACGGAUCUUCUGGAUAUGGCGGCUAUGGCUAUCCAUUCGGCAGAUGA